AUGGCAUCAACGCGACGAAGCAACACUGAAAGGCGGCGGGCAAGGGAAGAGUGCCGUGAAAAGCUUUCAGAACAUAUUCGCCAGAGGCUGGGCAUUAGAAUAGGGCCUGCUGAAGUCCGUCUUAAGCCUUGUAUUAAAGACCCAUAUGCUUGGAGGGUUCUACAAGGCAAAGAGGAAUUUUUCUCUCAGAUAUUUGCUACCAAUCUAAGCAGCCAUUCUACCAGCACGUACCGGAUCCUCUGCCGAGAGGUUGGAAAAAGUUUCGAAGCCGUCCAUUCCGAUCCAGAGUUCCCAACACCAGAUACUAUUACCUCACUGUCUUUUCCGGAACCCAGUUUUCGAACAACGAUCGACAAGCUUAAAGAGGAAAACUCGAAGCUUUUUCAAGAAAUUAAUCAUCCAAGGACCAAUCACAAUGCAGAGUUAAAGCGAAGAGAGCUCUUAGAAGUAGAAAAUCGUCAACUUCACAUCAUUAAACAACAGCUUCAGUCACAAAUGCAAAAUUACUCUGAUGCUGUGGAUUAUCUCAGGAACAUCAUGUCAAGGUAUAUCCUCGGCCUAGAUAAAGUACUGCCUAUGUUGGAGGACUUAAGAAAGCAGGUAGCGCUAGAAGAGGCUCCUGGUAUAAAUGUGCACAGAUAA